CUUCAGUUUCGGUACAUUCCAAGGAAAUAUCGCCGUAUUUAAUUGUAAAAACAUUGUUAAAUGAUACAACGUUGGUUCAAUUACCAGCUGGGAAUGGACAAGUCCUUUAUUUAACGAAGACUUUGGAGGAAGGUGUCGUCACGGUUGGUAAUGGCAAUUUAUCAGCAAAAGUUAUUAAUAAAGAUAUUGAAUGUUCCAAUGGAGUUGUACAUAUUAUCGAUGCAGUUAUAAAGCCACCUGUCUCAUUGAUUGAUGCGGCAAAUAAUUUAGCAUUAACGCAAUUCACUCGUGAAUUCACAGAUGCAAAUUUACUAACCGACGCCAACAUAAUAAAAGGGGUAACGAUAUUUGCACCAACAGAUGCUGCAUUUAAUAAACCGAAUAUUUUGGCAAUGGAUGCAAAGGGAAAGAAUUCAUUAUUACCACUUCACAUAAUUAACUCAUUAGUAUAUGAUAUGAAAGAUGGUACGAGCAUCCAAGCCAGUAACGGAGAGAAAUUGAAUUUUAUAUUGAAAAAUGAAGGAGGAUUAAAUAUUACAAUUUAUGUUAACAAUGCAAAAGUGGAAAAGUCGGUAUUGAUAGAAAAUGGAGUAAUUCAUAUCGUUAAUAACGUAUUAUUACCAUUAGGGCAAGGAGGAGAAGUAGUACAGAAUGAUGAUGACAAAAAAGAACCACAAAAUGAUAAAAGUAAUGAAAAAUCAAAGAAUAGUACGGAUGUGCCUUCCGAAGUUAAACAUACCGACAGGAAAUUGGUAAUCGGAGCUGUUUUGGGAGGAAUUUGUGGGGGAAUUGUUGUUACACUAACAUCUUGUAUGUUAUUUAAAUGGUUCAGAGCGCAAAGGAAUAGUAAAUCCCCAGCUCCUGUUCAUUUUAAAGGUAAUCCAUAA